GAUGAUACAUAUUUUGUCUUAAUGGAUAGAGAGUGACAUGUUAGGAAAACCAUGAGAUGGCGCUCAAAACUGUAACAAUUUGUUACAACUGCUGAGGAUUUUUAACAUCUGCAGACUGUCGAAAUACUGCGGCCAUAUUAUCACUGACUUUGACAGCUGCCAGAUGUGAGGUCACUUCCUGUAGACUGGGCACUACAUAUUUACAUACACCUGACAGGUCUGCCUGCUUGUUAUUACAAACCUUUGCAUGAUGAGCUGGGAAAACAUAACGAACAAUGAAAACCAGCCUCUUUAUUCCAAAAAUGCUGUAAUCUACUUUAUGCUGGUGGUCACUGCCUUUGGUUGCCUGGGUAACCUUCUCGUCAUAGUCAUCAUUUUGUGUUUCAAAAAGUUUCGAAAAUCGUCCAUAGCCUUCAUUUGCCAUCAGUGCUUUCUGGAUUUAAUAAGGGGCCUUUAUGGUCUACUCUUCGGAUUUUACUUACUCAACAAUGUGAAUGUACCAUCAUGUAACACUAUCGGAGCAUCCUAUGUUUUGUUUGUGACACUUGCUGCUUAUAAUCUCCUCGCCAUAGUGGUCAAUGAAGAAUGCGAAAUGCAACGACCUUCAACUAACAGGGACAAGAACACCUUCUGCGUUGUGUUCGGUAUCGUGAUUCUCUGGUUUACAUGUAUACUUAUUCACAUGGGAGUAGCGUUCCUACCUAAGGAACCGGAGUAUAUCCCUGGGGUGGGGAGUUGCAUAUUUUCCUAUGGAACACCUAGCAACCUUGUUCUCCAUGUUUUAUGGAUAAUUCUGGUAUCCAUGGCAAUAUUUCUGACUCUGCUUCACUUCCUAUCCAUGUACUGCAGAAUCCGUUUCAAAGCUAGGAGUCUGAAAUGGGCUCUUAUUCACCGAUCAUUGCUGCGAGACGUAUUUACAAGCAAUGAAAACGAGGAACUAGACCCGAAACUGGUUCAAAAGAGUUGCCAUAGCAACAACCUCUACACUCAUCUUUACCUAAGGAGAAUUAAGAUUCUAACACUUAUGGUUGUGACAUUUAUCUUGUUUUGGUACCCAUUGUUUCUACUUACAAUAAUAGACCACAACUUUUCAUCCUCCGUCCAGAUUUACAAAGGCCUGACAAUCCUGUCCUGGUGCCACCCUGCUACCACACCAAUCUUUACAUUCCUUAUUCUACAUGACAUGUCCAACAAAGAUGGCCUCAUGAGCAGAAUAUAUUCAAAUGUGUAUCCCAUGAUGCAACUGUACCAUGAUCCAACCAAUCAUCCGAUUGUUUGCAAUGACUGGGGACCAAUGAACUCGGGGAUACUAAACACACACUUCUCCACAGCAAAUACACCUAAUGACCUUAGUUCAAUGGAUGACCUUGAAGGUGAAAGUUUGCUGCAUAAGGUCAAAGACAGUGAAGAUAUUGACGAAACCUCUCUUGUGAUCAGCAAUGAUGUAUACAGCACCAUACAGACACCAAUCGUCAUUGAAGAGUGGGACUGUUCCCCUACCAGUCCAGGAAAACAACGCAAACAAUGAACCAUCUUCAUGCAAGGCCACAAUAAUAUGUGUUUAUAAAAAUAGAUGUUGUAUUUCUGAAGAUAUUUUUUCUUUUUCUUUUUUUUUGUUUGAAAUUCUGUGGGAUAUUCAUCUUCCGCCGGGAGACUGGGGGAUGGAUAAAAAUCGCGGGGGUAUUUUUACUCUGUAAGGGAUAUGUCAUGUAUUUUACUGGAUUUUAA